GAGGAGAGGGCGUGGCGCGAGGCUGCUGCGGCGCGGGGCUCUUCCUCGCGCUGUCGAGCCCGCUCUGCUGCUGCCGCCGCCUCCGCGGUCGUUCCUGCCCGCCUGGCCGCGGGGCUCGCCUGCAAGGUUCCUAUCACUGUCUCUGGAGCAUGGCAGGCUGCUGAGCUUGAGUGGCAGUGUCAAGUAGGAGCUGUGUGUCUUGCUCAGUGGAACGGAGGGUGUCCAUGGCUGCAGCCAACAGAGGCAGUAAGCCCAGAGUCCGAAGUAUCCGCUUUGCAGCAGGCCAUGAUGCAGAAGGCUCCCAGAGCCACGUCCACUUUGAUGAAAAGCUACAUGACUCGGUGGUCAUGGUUACUCAGGAGAGCGACAACAGCUUCCUAGUCAAGGUUGGCUUCCUGAAGAUCCUGCACAGGUAUGAGAUUACCUUCACUCUGCCUCCGGUGCGCAGACUGAGCAAGGACAUCCAUGAGGCCCCUGUCCACAGCUUGCACCUCAAGCUCCUCAGCGUCACACCCAUCCCUGAGGGAUACAGCAUCAAGUGUGAGUACUCGGCACACAAAGAAGGCGUCCUCAAAGAGGAGAUGCUCCUGGCCUGUGAGGGUGACAUGGGCACCUGUGUGCGUGUGACGGUGCAGGCACGGGUCAUGGACCGGCACCACGGUACACCCAUGCUGCUGGAUGGUGUCAAGUGUGUGGGCGCCGAGCUGGAGUAUGACUCGGAACAGAGUGACUGGCACGGCUUCGACUGAGGCCUGGGGCCGUGCCUGCCUGCCUGCCUGCCUGCCUGAGCCCCUGAGCCUUAAAACUCCACUUGCUCCCCGACAUGCUGCGUGAUGGUGUGGCUUCCUCACCUCUCCCCUGGUGGGCAUGGCAGGGCUAGACCUUGCUCUUGCCUCCCACCUCUGCCUUCAUCCCUACCACCACCCUGCCUCUCCACAGUCCUCCCCACUUCCUCCUCUCCCAUGUGCCUGAGUCUCCUGACCGAAGAAAUGGGUUGAGCCCCGAGGAGGCUAUCUGAGAGGAGGGACCUGGGGUGGGAUUUACCUCUUCCACCCCAAGCCAUAGGGGUUCUAGCUAGGGGUUGGGAGAGGACCGAGUGGCUGUCUGUGUGACGUUGAUGCCCCAUUGCUGCUGCUAUUGUCGUCUCCCCUUCUCCACCUCUGCUGCCCUCAUCUUCCUUCCCCACUGCCGUUCGUGUGGUGAGGAGGUACAGUUCCUAGCUCCUACCCCUCAGGUCUGUGGUAUUUGGUUUUUAAAUGACUGGUUGGAAUAGAGACCUCAAUAAAUAAAAACUCCAGUAGACUUCA